CAAUGAAUUUAAAUAUGGUCUCAUACGCGAUCAAUGUAGUGGUUCACCCGUUCUGCGGAGGCAGCCCAUGACUUUGCAGCAUGAAGAUCAUCACGAGAGAUUUGGAAUACUUGGGGAAGUUGUGAUUAAAUUUUGAAGGCCUUGAGAGGCCAGGGUCAAUCAGGAUCACCGGCAGGAUACAGUGCGAGUACAGCUUGAUGAACCCAAUCGCCACUCCCAGACACUAUUGGUGAACAAACAAGAAAAUUGGUUCAUGGAUGCUGAAAAUGAUACAAUGAAUGCGGUGGGUUUUUAAUGUCUAUUAGUUGGGUGAAAAUGCGUUGUGUGCGUUUUGUGUCGUGAACCACGGGAAGAGAUAGAAUGGUAGAGUAUCGAAGGGUUUCUCUGAGAAAGUGUUUCAAUGUUUGAUCUAGUCAUUUAAAAACAACUAACCUACAAGCCUAACCCUGAUAGGGCAUCUGACUAGCCCAUAUGCAAUGCACGGUAUGGGCCAUGGCUCGCAUUGGAACCCACCCAAAAAGGAGGAGGUAUUACGCAAGGUCCUGGAGUACGAGAUAAUUCUAAAGGCUGAAGCUCGGAACGAGGAAUGGAACGGUAGCGAGCUGUUGAAGAUGGCUUGGGCUGAUCUCAUGAUAAGCUAUCCUGCCGACAACUUUGUGACUGACGUAGACCUCGAAUGUCUGACCACACUAGAAGCAAGAAUGUUCGAAGAUUCUGAGGAAGCAGGACCUGCAGGCAACUAGCAGUGGGGUUUGGAUGCUGGUCGAUAUCACAGGCGGUGGAAUGUGUAUCUCAACAUUCCUGAUGAGUGGGUUCUGGGAAGAGAUUACAGCGAGAGUGAACUUGAAGUAAGGAAAAUAUUACCUGCCCCGUUCAAUAAGUCUCUAACUGGUGUGAUUGACAGUGUGACCCCUUAUUCAACGAUAACUCUGAUGCCACAUCUGUAGACGAGUUGUCCGACGUCGUAGCUCCUUCGCUGCCUGUUGAAGAAGAAAUUGUGCCCGUGAAACGUCGCUGUGCUUCGAAGAGGAUCCAGAGAGGGACAAAAAGAAAAUAGACAUUGGUUGAUGUAGCUAGUUAGCAUCAGUCAAUAACUAUUUUCUUGGACUGACAAGCCUUGACGCGGCCACCUUGUGAAUAAAGUCAACGAAGGAAUGGUCAUGAAUUUGAUGUAGGAGUCGAAUGUAGAACAUAGGAACGCUGGCAU